AUGUCUGAAGCUGUAGUAGAAGGGCUUAAAAAUGUAGCAAAGAUUGCCGAUGCAGCAUCAUCAUUCAUUCCGGUACUUGAUGCUAUAUCAAAACUGAUUAACGAAAUUGUUGGAAUUUAUGAAAA